AUGUCCGGAGAGAAGCGAGGAGCCUCUCCUGUAGGCUCAAAUGGAGAGAAGGACGAGUCCGGUCCGUCAAAGAAGGCACGUACUGCCAGACCACCUACGCUUCACUCGUGGCUGCAUCCUGAUGAACCUGCCCCUCUCCGAACCCAUUCACCACCACUUCACUACUCAUCUUCGACCUUCCUCGCAUUCGCCACCGCUUUCACAGCUCAAUCUCAUAUCACUUCCGAGGCGUCGCUGGCGAAAGAAUGCAGGAGGCUUGUGCGAGAGAUAAAUGUCCCCCUCGAGGUUGGUGAACUGGUUAUGAAGGAUGAUGAAGGAGCGUUCGAGAAUGGCGAAGGCAGAGUCGUCAGUUUGAAAGGCAAAGAGAGGGCAAGAGAGCCGGAUCAUCGCAUGUGGGCCCUACGGUCUGUGUGUCUCAAAGAAAGCAAAGAUGGAACUCAGGGUGAAGACGAUUUUCAGCUACUGGAGAUAUACAACGAUGACGGGGAGAAAUUCGGAGGAGAUCGAAUCCUUCGUAUACUCAAAGAAGAAGCCGCUAUCGAUAUUCUAGUCGUGGUGUGUAGAUGGUAUGGAGGAGACAUGAUUGGACCCAUACGAUUCCAACAUAUCGGCCUGACAGCAAAGACGGCUGUUACGGAUCUAAUGAAACUCAUCCAGUUGACGGAUCUACGUCAAGCUCUAUCUGUACUCGACGAGGAGAUUACCAUUCUGCGGAAAGAGCUGGUUGGGCCCUCCAACAAUACCGAGUCUAAUGGAGCGUCCACAGUGAAGGCGCAGAAUUAUGAUGAGGUGGAAGAUAUCGGACGGCUGGAGCGACUUGUCAAAGCGAGGACCCGGACAAAAGAAGCUCUAGCGCAAAAGGCAGCUUGGAGCGGACUUGAUUCUGCGAGAGAGGCUAUCACUUGA